AAGAGCCACAGAGACUUGCCACAUUCUUGACUUCUGGGCCUGGAGGAGUAGUGCCCAAGAGGCCAGGAAUCCUGGCUGUGACCUCAGCUCACAAGACGGAGUUUAAACUGGACACUGCCUGCCACCACUUUCCACCUCAGUGUGACCUAGAAAAGCCACAUACCAUCUCCAGGCCCUUCGUUUUAAAAGAAGCAGUGUUGCCUGGAAACAGAAUUGAAAGCAGUCAUAUUGUGGCUCACAUAUUCCUGUGAAAGGACCCAAAACGUGAUUGAUUAUUAAGUAUUCACCAAGAAGUGCCUGCUGCUCCACCAGUCACUGGGUGUGGAAGGAUGCCUGCAGAAGAUUUCAUUGAGUGACAGCUUUCUGGUUUCAGUUUGCUAUGUGCAUAUGCAGAUAAGGGAGAUGAAGGAUAUUGGAGAACAACUGUAUACCACACAAGUGAAUGGGGGACCCAGUUCCUUGACCAUGUCCCCCAAACAACCUAAUAGAGCAACUCGGCCGGAGAGACAGGAAGCGCAAACCCUAUUGUACCAAGGUUCAGAGGCAGAGGCUGCCACAAUGACCAUUGCUACUUGUGUACAGUGCAAAAGUGUUCACAAGAUCCCUACUCAAGACUUGAGGAAGGGCCCUGGGCAGAGCCAAGACACUUAUGUUUGCUUUAAGUGCAGCCUUCGAGCAGUGCCUACCCAGCUGCAUUUUGUGAACAAUAAUGCUGGUGCUGCUCAUGUCAGAAAUGAAACGGAAACUAUCUCAAGUCCUGUAAAUAAAUUUAAGGUUAGGAACUUCAAACCAGGCAAAUACUACUGUGAUAAAUGUCGGUUCUCUACAAAGGACCCGCUGCAGUACAGAAAGCACACUCUGCAGCAUGAGGAGAUCAAGUUCAUCUGUUCCCACUGCAGCUACAUCUCCUACACGAAAGGGGAGUUUCAGAGGCAUCUGGUGAAGCACACGGGCAUCUUUCCUUACCGAUGUGAGUACUGCGACUAUGGUGCUAUUCGAAACGACUACAUUGUCAAGCACAGGAGGAGGGUCCAUGAGCGGGCUGGUGCCAAACGGCCAUUCAAAACUGUAGCCAAGCUGGAACCCAAGAGAACUAACAUUUCAAAGCAGAGCAUAGAACUCUCAAAGGCCCCCAAUCCCAGGGCUGCCUUCCAAAACAAGUUGUCAGACCAGCUAUCUCGGUUCUCUCUCCAUGCAAACAAAGACAAGUCACACAACAUGAUGUUAUUACCGGAGCUAAAGAAGUACCAGAAAGAUGUAGUGUGUAUUCCUAACAAAGUGACCCUGUCUGAGCCAAGGGAGGUGAGCCUGUUGGGGAACAAGAAUGUUGAGGUGGAAGUGCUGUCCCCCUCAAAGGAAACUGUGCAGCCAGGUAUGCCACUGACGGUUGUGGCACCCUCCGAGCUGGUGGUCCCCACCAACUGUCUAGCCCAGUUGAUGGAUGUGAAGGUUGUCAACGGCACUCAGCAGCUUGUGCUUAAACUAUUUCCGUUGGAAGAAAACUCCCGCCUCGAAACAAGCAGAGGAGAUGGAGGCACUUCUGAGUGUAUGACCACUGAGAAGGGCUCAGGGGGACAGAAAAAAAUGCUUUCUACAGAAGCAUCAAGGUCACUAGCAGUGGAAGGGAAUGCUGGAGACUUUGUGGGCCUUGACCGUCUACACUCUUUGGUUCAGAAACAGCUUAAAAAUGUGAAAUGGGUGAAGUCUUGCAAUUUUUUCAUGCCCAAUCCUGGUGUACAGAGUCAUCAAGAAUCUUUCCUUGGUUCUGAUACAAUUAAAGAUUUACAGAAAUCUCACAGUUUAUGUCCACCUAGAGCCCUUCCUUCUGUGGCUGUAAAAAGUCAUUCACCAGCCUCUGUCCAAAAUAAUGUUUCCUGUGGUCCUGGAACCACAGUGAGUCAUUUCUUGAGUAAAGCAGCUGUUGCUUUUGCUGAAGACAGAAGAGGUUCCCGCAGUGACUCCCAGCAGCUCCUUCCGCUUGCCUCGUUGCCUUCAAAGAUUCCCUUCUCUGGAGGGAAGGGCUUACUGCCUAUAGGUGAAAAUGACUUAGAAGCCAGGAAUAGGAUUAGCCAUCCUGAAACAGUGGUUUCCUCUGACAGGAAGCUGGAAGACAUGCAGAUGGAAAGCAAGGCAGUGGGAAAUACAGGCCAGGUUUCCUCUGUGCAGAAAAAAGAGUAUUUACACAUAAACAUUACUGGCGAAGAUAAACCAAGGUCCCAACAGCCUGGAGAUCAGCCUGUGCAGCCCAAGACUUCUGAAACAGCAGGUCAUACCUUUGAAGGCCCGAUCAUCUCGUCAGUAUUUUCGCUGAGCUCUGGAUCUGAAAAUGUGCCAGAGGGCAUUAAGUGGAAUAGUUCAACAACCAAAAUAAAGUCCAUUGAACUGCUGCGCAGAAAGAUAGCGCAGUUAAUUGAAUCUUGUGGCAAGCCUUCCUCUUUGUCUGCCAAUAGUGCUCAGCGACGUUCCAUAGGGCAGUCACCCAAGCUAACUUCAAAAGCAGCCCCCAAGGCUAUUCAAGAAAUGAGUGUGUCCCUUACUGGCCCUGGCUCUAGUCCUGGCCCUACCCCUGGCCCUUCUGUGGGUCCUCUCCAAAACCUUCCGAAUGAGGACAGUAUUACUGUCAGCGGACAGCUUGCUCCGCAGCAAAUCUGUCCCCAGUUUGUCAGUGCAAAUGACGGGAAAAUGGAAAGCAGAGUGAUCAGAAAGACUCCUGUUGCUACUCCAGUGCUGAUCCCCAAAGGGGCUGUGUUGAGGGUCCUUAACUCUUCUGAAGAUGCUCACAUCAUAGAGGCCACCUGCGACACACCUGUCAGCAUACCUUGCCGUGAAGCCCAGUUAGCAGGAACACUUCCGUUCUGCCCUAUGAAACAGACAGUCUCAGGCUCCCAGCCUUUUACAUGCAGGAGUGGACCAGCAGACAUGUCCCCAAGUCUGGAGACAUCUCUCCGUCCCAAAUCAAGAAAAGAGGACCCUAUCUACAGUGCCACUCCUAAGAAAAUCAUCCCUGUGUAUAGCACAGCACCAGGAAGCAGUGACUCCAGCAGGCAGGGAAGGCCAAUUUCUAGAAACCUCACUGUAAGCAAGAAUAAAACCAAGCAAGUGAGCUCAGCCAAGAAGAAAAACAAGAUGCAGGCCAAUCCCAGCCGCUAUUUCAAAGACCCCUCCUUUUUUCAGGUGGCAAGGCAGCUGCGACUCAUAGCUGCCAAACCAGAUCAGUUGAUUAAAUGUCCCCGUCGGAACCAGCCUGUCAUUGUGUUAAACCAUCCUGAUGUCGACUCCCCUGAAGUGACCAAUGUGAUGAAGGUAAUCAACAAGUACAAAGGCAACGUCCUUAAGGUUGUCCUGUCUGAGAGGACUCGGUGUCAGCUGGGUGUCCGGCGGUACCAUAUGCGGCUGACCUACCAGAGUGUGGCAGAAGCUAACCACAUGAAGAGGCAGAUGAUGUUGAAAAUGAAACUGAAGAAGGUUCAUAAAAACAACUACCAGGUGGUGGGCUCAUUGCCGGACGACCCUGCCCAGUGUGUCUUUAAGUGCUGGUUCUGUGGGCGGCUCUACGAAGACCAGGAAGAGUGGAUGAGUCACGGCCAGCGGCAUUUGAUAGAGGCCACCAGAGACUGGGAUGUCCUUUCUUCAAAGGGCAAAUGAGUGAAACUUGGUCUUUGAAAUUGGAUUUUCUUGUAGUUUUCAUGGCUUAGGGUCACACCCUAGACCUUUGAUGCAGUAGAAGAAAGGGAGUUUCUUAUUCCUUAGAGUCACCAUAGGAAGGGCAAGAGCCCUGUCCUUACUUGAGCUCUGUGGCUGGACCAGGAAAAGGUGGGAGGCCCUGAAAUUCUACUGGUUUUGAUUGAAAGGAUGUAGUAUUCUCCACAGGUUUUCAGUGAGAUCUGAGGCCUUUCUUGCUUAGUUCUUAUUUUUGAGUAGACACAUCUUUCAUAAUCCAUUUAAAGGGGCAGGUUUAUAAUUGACACACUUUUUGGAUAAACGCUGCUGAAAGGUUAAGCCUGUCUUGGUGCACACAUCCACUUUGAUUUUGCUUUGACUCUUCCAGAAUAUUUGCUCCAUAAUAGAAAUUACAUUUUUCUACUUGGUGGGUCAUCUUAAAUCUGGUUAGAGUGCUGUGCUUGACCCCUCCCACUGUGAGUACGAGCUACGCUCUGCAGAGCCGUGAGCCUUGCUUUCAUGGGCAUGUAUCAACAACAGUUGUUAGGAGAAGAAAAGACAGAUUUUCAGUGUUUAGCUUUUGCUUGCUUUUAAGAUAUCUUGAUGGAUAAUAGUUGGGUAGGGAAUACGUAAUUGGUUUUUUGUUUUUGUUUUAGGUAAAGAAGGAAAAAAUAGAUAAAAUUAAGUCUGUUCUUUGCAUCUAAUACUCCACCAAACAUAAAUGGCCAUUUUAAACUGCGAAGGAGCAGAUUCAUUAGAGACAGAUUAGCCCCAGUGGUGCCAUUCCAGGUGGACUUGAAAGCAGGUCUGCUGUGGCUGGCUUUUCACCUGGGAACCCAAUGCAAAGCCUCAGGGGAUGCCAGCACGCUCUUGAGCAUAGGAUCAUAGGGCCGCUCCGCAGGCCAGAUCUCUUCUCCUUUUGCCCGUUCCUGAGCUGGCCCUCCUGGGGAAGAUCCUAGUCUCCGUGAGCAUUUUUCCUCAUGAACACUAGCAGCUGCAGGGGUCAACAACAUGGGAAGAGAACCCCAAUUAUCUGUGGAGUCUUUAGGAACACUACCCCUGUUUUCAGUGAUAGAAACAGGCUGUUCUGGUUUAGCCGCAGAUGCUCCUCUCUCUUGCUUAGAUUUCCUGGGAGGACUUCCUCUCCACCAAGAGUAAGACCCACCGAUCUCCAAGGCACCUUUGCACAUUAGGAGAAAGUUUGUCUCCUACAUGGGUAGGGCUUCCUGGGCAAGAGCAUCUCAGACAAAGGGCGCUAACCGUGGUAAGCAUAGGUGGCCCAGUCACCAGCCAGUGACCUUGAGAGUAUGCAUCCUUAGGGACUUAGUGAUGGAUGCUGUGAGGGGGACAGGGAG